CACUAUGAUUGUGACAAAGCAAAAUGUAUCGCACUGAUCAUGAAGAAUUUCGAACAGAUGAAAGUAUGGUGUAUCGGUGUACGAAACUGCAUCAUGGUUCGCUUGUACUUCCGUAAAAAUUCUCCACCUUUUUUUGUUUCGCAGCUUUCCAUACGUUACAAACUAAGUCAACAAAAUAGGUCAGGCCCGAGGUUCAGAAGUAGACCAGCUGUCAAGGAAACUACAAGAUCGAUUGCUGUUGGUUGAUAGGAUCAGUUCCAUUUCCAAAUGAAGUAGCCGUGCCGCAGCGUUAUGCCAACCAAUUUUUAUUGCAUUUUUGAAGGAUACACAAAAAUACUUCAUGGCUGGUUUUAGUGUCGAUCAUGGCGCAAUCAUUAACAAGAAUAGAUGAUUCUCGUGAUAUAUUACAACUUAUGAUCCGCCAAGAGGAAAGCUAUUACAAAUGUCCACACUAUCUUUCCCUUGAAGAGAGAAGCACUCAAACUCUGGUAUUUACACCCGUUCCUUCGGUUCUUCAAGUUGUUGAAGAGAUGGCCAGUUUGGUUACCGACAUUCGAGCCGAACCUUCUAUGAAUUGCAAAGGCGACGACCACUGCGCAUCGCCCGGUAGCAGUACUUGCGAUCUUUACGGAGAUCUCCGAGCUCCUCUGCGAGCAUUCUUGCCAAAUUCCCGAAGUGAGCAGUUUCAGGAAGUUCUCUCGCUGAGCUCGUGGAGACAUCGAAUGCUGGAGUGGGGAAACGCGGUUUGCGUGACGUUCGGCAUCGAUGCUUCUGUUUUGGAAUCUGCCUUCAAUAUUCUUGAUCGUUACAUCGCUGUGGAGAUCUCACAUUCUAACGACGCGUUCGAAAACCUAUCUUUGACACGGGAAGACUUUCAACUGUUCAGUAUGGUAUCGAUCUACAUUGCCGUCAAGAUGUUCAGUCGCAACCAAAACUUGAGGGUGCACGACUUGCUAGAGAUGGCACAAGGAUUUUAUACAGCAGAUCACAUCACGACAACCGAACGUGAUAUCUUGGAGGCUUUGAACUGGCACGUCAACCCUCCGACGGUAAUGGAUUAUUGCGACGUCUAUCUAACCCUAUUUCCUCAGCACAUCUAUGGAUGCUAUGGGAACGAUGCGUAUUCGCCGGCAUCACAAUGGUCGUCAUCGAAACGAGUGGGGGAAAAGCAACGACGGAAAUGCAGGUGCCGGUGCCAAUCGAUGGUCGGGAUAGUCCUGCAUGACGUGUUCUUCGUGGACAAGCCCAAUUUUCUGACUGCGCUAGCGGCGGUACUCUUGGCCGCCGAUGCCUUUCGUGGUUGCGCACGUGACAACUCAUUCGUUCUGGAACACUUUCUUAGAAACAUUCAGGGCGUUGUGAACAUUCAAAAAGAAGAAUUCGAUUCCAUCAUUCGGCGUCUCGAGUGUUACUGCUAGCGUGUUUUGGUCACUCGAGCUCAUCGGAAGUGCCUCCGGGAUCGUCGUAAGGGUCAAGGCUAGAGAGAGCAACAGGUGUGUCUCCUGGAUGAACAAAAACAUCUAGAAGAA